AUGACAAGGGCUCCCCAAGGAGAGAAGAACAGCCGGAGGGGUUUUGACGAAAAGGCUUAUUUGUCCUCAAAGCUGCUGAAGGCUGGAGAAGACCCCUACCGCCAGCACGCUUUUAAUCAGCUAGAGAGCGACAAACUCAGCAGCGAUCGGCCCAUUCGGGACACUAGGCACUACAGGUGCACUUCUGUACGCUAUGACACAGACUUACCAGCUACCAGCCUCAUCAUCACCUUCCACAACGAGGCGCGUUCCACCCUGCUCCGCACGGUGAAGAGUGUCCUGAACCGCACUCCUCCCAGCCUCAUCCAGGAGAUCAUUUUGGUAGAUGACUUCAGCUCAGAUCCUGAGGACUGCCAGCUCCUUACCAAGAUCCCAAAAGUCAAGUGUCUACGAAACACCCGGCGAGAAGGGCUGAUUCGCUCUCGGGUGCGAGGAGCUGAAGUGGCUACUGCUGACAUUCUCACCUUCUUGGACAGUCACUGUGAAGUCAACAGCGAGUGGCUGCAGCCAAUGCUUCAGAGGGUAAAAGAGGAUUAUACACGAGUGGUGAGUCCAAUCAUUGAUGUUAUCAGCCUGGAUAAUUUUGCCUACCUGGCAGCAUCAGCAGAUCUGAGGGGAGGGUUUGACUGGAGCCUUCACUUUAAGUGGGAGCAGAUUCCUAUAGAGCAGAAGAUGUCCAGAACAGACCCAACUCAAUCUAUAAGAACCCCUGUCAUAGCAGGAGGCAUCUUUGUGAUCAACAAGUCCUGGUUUAACCACCUGGGAAAAUAUGACACUCAAAUGGACAUCUGGGGAGGAGAAAAUUUUGAGCUCUCUUUCCGAGUGUGGAUGUGCGGUGGCAGCUUGGAGAUCGUUCCCUGCAGUCGAGUGGGACACGUGUUCAGGAAGCGCCAUCCCUAUGACUUCCCUGAGGGCAAUGCACUGACUUACAUCAAGAACACCAAGCGCACAGCAGAGGUGUGGAUGGAUGAAUACAAGCAGUACUACUAUGAGGCCCGGCCAUCUGCCAUUGGGAAGUUGUUUGGAAGUGUUGCAGACCGAGUGGAGCAGCGGCGCAAACUGAAUUGUAAAUCCUUCCAGUGGUAUCUGGAGAAUGUCUACCCCGAGCUCAAGGUUCCUGAAAAGGAGCUGAUUCCAGGAAUAAUUAAACAAGGAGGAAACUGCCUGGAGUCUAGGGCACAGGAUACCACAGGGAAUACAUUGACUGGCAUGGGAAUCUGUAAAGGAACAGUGAACAAUCCACCUGUCACUCAGGAGUGGGUAUUCAGUGACCCUCUAAUUAGACAGCAGGACAAGUGUCUUUCCAUUACCUCCUUCUCUACUGGCUCUCAAAUCACACUGGAAGCCUGCAAUCAAAAAGACGGCAGACAGAAGUGGAAGAUGAAAAGCAGUUUCAUUCAACACUUUGUCAGCGGUCUCUGCCUGGAAAACCAGACUGGGAGAGUGGUGACCAACACUUGCCAAGCAGAUGUACCUGGCCAACAGUGGGAGCUGCUACAAGCAACAUGA